ACAAUGUGGUCUCUGCAUACAGUGCGGUCUUUGUAGACAACGUGGUCUCUGUAGACAAAGUGGUCUCUGCAGACAAAGUGGUCUCUGCAGACAAUGUGGUCUCUGUAGAUAAUGUGGUCUAUGUAGACAAAGUGGUCUAUGUAGACAGUGUGGUCUCUGUAGGCAACGUGGUCUAUGUAGACAACGUGGUCUAUGUAGACAAUGUGGUCUCUGCAGACAAUGUGGUCUCUGUAGAUAAUGUGGUCUCUGCGGACAAUGUGGUCUCUGUAGAUAAUGUGGUCUGUGUAGACAAAGUGGUCUAUGUAGACAAUGUGGUCUCUAUAGACAAAGUGGUCUAUGUAGACAAUGUGGUCUCUGUAGACAACGUGGUCUAUGUAAACAAUGUGGUCUCUGUGGACAACGUGAUCUAUGUAGACAAUGUGGUCUCUGUAGACAAUGUGGUCUCUGUAGAUAAUGUGGUCUCUGUAGAUAAUGUGGUCUAUGUAGACAAAGUGGUCUCUGCUGACAAUGUGGUCUCUGUAUAUUUUGGUUUCCUGUAUAUAACGUGGUUUCAGUAA